AUGGCCCCAUGGUUUAGAUCUGGGGAGUUUUUUAGUGAGAAUGCCCUGACCUGGAUUCGGCGUGGUCUUGUUCUUUUAGGCGUAUUGGGUGUGUGGGGGGACUACUAUCAAACACAUUAUUACCAUGCCUUUGAUCCCGCGGAGGGGACGCUUUAUCUUGUCGACUGCACCCCGAUCGGUCGUUAUCGAUCCCAGAUGUUUAUGCUUCCUAGUAAUUAUUAUACAAACUACAGCCCAUGGACACCGCGCAAUGGGGAUGUCGUGAUUGCUCGAGAGGUGGAAAGUGAUCCCAACUUCUUGCAGCUUCUCAGUGGUCGUUUUGUGGAAAAGCAGACUUGCGGGGUGCCGUUGUUGAGGCCCGUGGAGGAAGUAAAGCGUGAGAAGAAAGAGGAGCAGGAGCUACAGCAGAAAUACCUCGAAAUGCUUGAUACGUCAAAAGGAACGUACAAACGCUUAUUUAAAUGA